AUGCUUGCCUGGCAGCGCAGCGGAGAGGGGAAACCGGCCAGCAAGAGGGGGAUAGCAAAGAGAGCUGGGUACGUGACGAGAAAUGGACAACAGAAUCUAACAAAAACAACACGCUUUAUAGGUGCCACUCAACCACAAUCGUCCUGCUCACCAUCAUCCUGCCAUCUCACCAUCAUCCUGCCAUCUCACCAUCAUCCUGCAAUCUCACCAUCAUCCUGCCACCUCACCAUCAUCCUGCCACCUCACCAUCAUCCUGCCACCUCACCAUCAUCCUGCCACCUCACCAUCAUCCUGCCAUCUCACCAUCAUCCUGCCAUCUCACCAUCAUCAUGCCAUCUCACCAUCAUCCUGCCAGCUCACCAUCAUCCUGCCAGCUCACCAUCAUCCUGCCACCUCACCAUCAUCCUGCCACCUCACCAUCAUCCUGCCAGCUCACCAUCAUCCUGCCAUCUCACCAUCAUCCUGCCAUCUCACCAUCAUCCUGCCACUCACCAUCAUCCUGCCAGCUCACCAUCAUCCUGCCAGCUCACCAUCAUCCUGCCACCUCACCAUCAUCCUGCCAUCUCACCAUCAUCCUGCCAUCUCACCAUCAUCCUGCCAUCUCACCAUCAUCCUGCCACCUCACCAUCAUCCUGCCACCUCACCAUCAUCCUGCCAUCUCACCAUCAUCCUGCCAUCUCACCAUCAUCCUGCCAUCUCACCAUCAUCCUGCCACCUCACCAUCAUCCUGCCACCUCACCAUCAUCCUGCCACCUCACCAUCAUCCUGCCACCUCACCAUCAUCCUGCCACCUCACCAUCAUCCUGCCACCUCACCAUCAUCCUGCCACCUCACCAUCAUCCUGCCACCUCACCAUCAUCCUGCCAUCUCACCAUCAUCCUGCCAUCUCACCAUCAUCCUGCAAUCUCACCAUCAUCCUGCCACCUCACCAUCAUCCUGCCACCUCACCAUCAUCCUGCCACCUCACCAUCAUCCUGCCACCUCACCAUCAUCCUGCCAUCUCACCAUCAUCCUGCCAUCUCACCAUCAUCAUGCCAUCUCACCAUCAUCCUGCCAGCUCACCAUCAUCCUGCCACCUCACCAUCAUCCUGCCACCUCACCAUCUUCCUGCCAGCUCACCAUCAUCCUGCCAUCUCACCAUCAUCCUGCCACCUCACCAUCAUCCUGCCACUCACCAUCAUCCUGCCAGCUCACCAUCAUCCUGCCACCUCACCAUCAUCCUGCCAUCUCACCAUCAUCCUGCCAUCUCACCAUCAUCCUGCCAUCUCACCAUCAUCCUGCCACCUCACCAUCAUCCUGCCACCUCACCAUCAUCCUGCCACCUCACCAUCAUCCUGCCACCUCACCAUCAUCCUGCCACCUCACCAUCAUCCUGCCAUCUCACCAUCAUCCUGCAAUCUCACCAUCAUCCUGCCACCUCACCAUCAUCCUGCCACCUCACCAUCAUCCUGCCACCUCACCAUCAUCCUGCCACCUCACCAUCAUCCUACCAUCUCACCAUCAUUCUGCCAUCUCACCAUCAUCAUGCCAUCUCACCAUCAUCCUGCCAGCUCACCAUCAUCCUGCCACCUCACCAUCAUCCUGCCACCUCACCAUCAUCCUGCCACCUCACCAUCAUCCUGCCAGCUCACCAUCAUCCUGCCAUCUCACCAUCAUCCUGCCACCUCACCAUCAUCCUGCCACUCACCAUCAUCCUGCCAGCUCACCAUCAUCCUGCCAUCUCACCAUCAUCCUGCCAUCUCACCAUCAUCCUGCCAUCUCACCAUCAUCCUGCCAUCUCACCAUCAUCCUGCCACCUCACCAUCAUCCUGCCACCUCACCAUCAUCCUGCCACCUCACCAUCAUCCUGCCAUCUCACCAUCAUCCUGCCAUCUCACCAUCAUCCUGCCAUCUCACCAUCAUCCUGCCAUCUCACCAUCAUCCUGCCAUCUCACCAUCAUCCUGCCACCUCACCAUCAUCCUGCCAUCUCACCAUCAUCCUGCCAUCUCACCAUCAUCCUGCCAUCUCAACAUCAUCCUGCCACCUCACCAUCAUCCUGCCACCUCACCAUCAUCCUGCCAUCUCACCAUCAUCCUGCCACCUCACCAUCAUCCUGCCAUCUCACCAUCAUCCUGCCAGCUCACCAUCAUCCUGCCACCUCACCAUCAUCCUGCCACCUCACCAUCAUCCUGCCAUCUCACCAUCAUCCUGCCAUCUCACCAUCAUCCUGCCAUCUCACCAUCAUCCUGCCAGCUCACCAUCAUCCUGCCAUCUCACCAUCAUCCUGCCAUCUCACCAUCAUCCUGCCACCUCACCAUCAUCCUGCCACCUCACCAUCAUCCUGCCAUCUCACCAUCAUCCUGCCAUCUCACCAUCAUCCUGCCAUCUCACCAUCAUCCUGCCAGCUCACCAUCAUCCUGCCAUCUCACCAUCAUCUUGCCAUCUCACCAUCAUCCUGCCACCUCACCAUCAUCCUGCCAUCUCACCAUCAUCCUGCCAGCUCACCAUCAUCCUGCCAUUUCACCAUCAUCCUGCCAUCUCACCAUCAUCCUGCCAGCUCACCAUCAUCAUGCGACCUCACCAUCAUCCUGCCAUCUCACCAUCAUCCUGCCACCUCACCAUCAUCCUGCCACCCCACCAUCAUCCUGCCACCUCACCAUCAUCCUGCCACCUCACAAUCAUCCAGCCAUCUCACCAUCAUCCUGCCACCUCACCAUCAUCCUGCCACCUCACCAUCAUCCUGCCAUCUCACCAUCAUCCUGCCACCUCACCAUCAUCCUGCCACCUCACCAUCAUCCUGCCACCUCACCAUCAUCCUGCCACCUCACCAUCAUCCUGCCAUCUCACCAUCAUCCUGCCACCUCACCAUCAUCCUGCCACCUCACCAUCAUCCUGCCAUCUCACCAUCAUCCUGCCAUCUAAACAUCAUCCUGCCACCUCACCAUCAUCCUGCCAUCUCAUCAUCAUCCUGCCAGCUCACCAUCAUCCUGCCAUCUCACCAUCAUCCUGCCAGCUCACCAUCAUCCUGCCAUCUCACCAUCAUCCUGCCAGCUCACCAUCAUCCUGCCAUCUCACCAUCAUCCUGCCAUCUCACCAUCAUCCUGCCAGCUCACCAUCAUCCUGCCAGCUCACCAUCAUCCUGCCAGCUCACCAUCAUCCUGCCACCUCACCAUCAUCCUGCCACCUCACCAUCAUCCUGCCACCUCACAUCAUCCUGCCACCUCACCAUCAUCCUGCCACCUCACCAUCAUCCUACCACCUCACCAUCAUCCUGCCACCUCACCAUCAUCCUGCCAUCUCACCAUCAUCCUGCCAUCUCACCAUCAUCCUGCCAUCUCACCAUCAUCCUGCCACCUCACCAUCAUCCUGCCACCUCACCAUCAUCCUGCCAUCUCACCAUCAUCCUGCCAUCUCACCAUCAUCCUGCCAUCUCACCAUCAUCCUGCCACCUCACCAUCAUCCUGCCACCUCACCAUCAUCCUGCCACCUCACCAUCAUCCUGCCAUCUCACCAUCAUCCUGCCACCUCACCAUCAUCCUGCCACCUCACCAUCAUCCUGCCAUCUCACCAUCAUCCUGCCAUCUCACCAUCAUCCUGCCACCUCACCAUCAUCCUGCCACCUCACCAUCAUCCUGCCACCUCACCAUCAUCCUGCCAUCUCACCAUCAUCCUGCCAUCUCACCAUCAUCCUGCCAUCUCACCAUCAUCCUGCCAUCUCACCAUCAUCCUGCCAUCUCACCAUCAUCCUGCCAGCUCACCAUCAUCCUGCCAUCUCACCAUCAUCCUGCCACCUCACCAUCAUCCUGCCACCUCACCAUCAUCCUGCCAUCUCACCAUCAUCCUGCCAUCUCACCAUCAUCCUGCCAUCUCACCAUCAUCCUGCCACCUCACCAUCAUCCUGCCACCUCACCAUCAUCCUGCCAUCUCACCAUCAUCCUGCCACCUCACCAUCAUCCUGCCACCUCACCAUCAUCCUGCCACCUCACCAUCAUCCUGCCAUCUCACCAUCAUCCUGCCAUCUCACCAUCAUCCUGCCAUCUCACCAUCAUCCUGCCAGCUCACCAUCAUCCUGCCAUCUCACCAUCAUCCUGCCAUCUCACCAUCAUCCUGCCACCUCACCAUCAUCCUGCCAUCUCACCAUCAUCCUGCCAGCUCACCAUCAUCCUGCCAUUUCACCAUCAUCCUGCCAUCUCACCAUCAUCCUGCCAGCUCACCAUCAUCAUCCCACCUCACCAUCAUCCUGCCAUCUCACCAUCAUCCUGCCACCUCACCAUCAUCCUGCCACCCCACCAUCAUCCUGCCACCUCACCAUCAUCCUGCCACCUCACCAUCAUCCUGCCAUCUCACCAUCAUCCUGCCACCUCACCAUCAUCCUGCCACCUCACCAUCAUCCUGCCAUCUCACCAUCAUCCUGCCACCUCACCAUCAUCCUGCCACCUCACCAUCAUCCUGCCACCUCACCAUCAUCCUGCCACCUCACCAUCAUCCUGCCAUCUCACCAUCAUCCUGCCACCUCACCAUCAUCCUGCCACCUCACCAUCAUCCUGCCAUCUCACAUCAUCCUGCCACCUCACCAUCAUCCUGCCACCUCACCAUCAUCCUGCCAUCUCACCAUCAUCCUGCCAUCUCACCAUCAUCCUGCCACCUCACCAUCAUCCUGCCAUCUCACCAUCAUCUUGCCAGCUCACCAUCAUCCUGCCAUCUCACCGUCAUCCUGCCAGCUCACCAUCAUCCUGCCAUCUCACCAUCAUCCUGCCAGCUCACCAUCAUCCUGCCAUCUCACCAUCAUCCUGCCAUCUCACCAUCAUCCUGCCAGCUCACCAUCAUCCUGCCACCUCACCAUCAUCCUGCCAUCUCACCAUCAUCUUGCCAUCUCACCAUCAUCCUGCCACCUCACCAUCAUCCUGCCACCUCACCAUCAUCCUGCCACCUCACCAUCAUCCUGCCACCUCACCAUCAUCCUGCCAUCUCACCAUCAUCCUGCCAGCUCACCAUCAUCAUGCCACCUCACCAUCAUCCUGCCAUCUCACCAUCAUCCUGCCACCUCACCAUCAUCCUGCCACCCCACCAUCAUCCUGCCACCUCACCAUCAUCCUGCCACCUCACCAUCAUCCUGCCACCUCACCAUCAUCCUGCCAUCUCACCAUCAUCCUGCCACCUCACCAUCAUCCUGCCACCUCACCAUCAUCCUGCCACCUCACCAUCAUCCUGCCACCUCACCAUCAUCCUGCCAUCUCACCAUCAUCCUGCCACCUCACCAUCAUCCUGCCAUCUCACCAUCAUCCUGCCAUCUCACAUCAUCCUGCCACCUCACCAUCAUCCUGCCACCUCACCAUCAUCCUGCCAUCUCACCAUCAUCCUGCCAUCUAAACAUCAUCCUGCCACCUCACCAUCAUCCUGCCAUCUCAUCAUCAUCCUGCCAGCUCACCAUCAUCCUGCCAUCUCACCAUCAUCCUGCCGCUCACCAUCAUCCUGCCAUCUCACCAUCAUCCUGCCAGCUCACCAUCAUCCUGCCAUCUCACCAUCAUCCUGCCAUCUCACCAUCAUCCUGCCAGCUCACCAUCAUCAUGCCAUCUAAACAUCAUCCUGCCACCUCACCAUCAUCCUGCCAUCUCAUCAUCAUCCUGCCACCUCACCAUCAUCCUGCCACCUCACCAUCAUCCUGCCACCUCACCAUCAUCCUGCCAUCUCACCAUCAUCCUGCCACCUCACCAUCAUCCUGCCAUCUCACCAUCAUCCUGCCAUCUCACAUCAUCCUGCCACCUCACCAUCAUCCUGCCAUCUCACCAUCAUCCUGCCAUCUAAACAUCAUCCUGCCACCUCACCAUCAUCCUGCCAUCUCAUCAUCAUCCUGCCAGCUCACCAUCAUCCUGCCAUCUCACCAUCAUCCUGCCAGCUCACCAUCAUCCUGCCAUCUCACCAUCAUCCUGCCAGCUCACCAUCAUCCUGCCAUCUCACCAUCAUCCUGCCAUCUCACCAUCAUCCUGCCAGCUCACCAUCAUCCUGCCACCUCACCAUCAUCGUGCCAUCUCACCAUCAUCCUGCCACCUACCCAUCAUCCUGCCACCUCACCAUCAUCCUGCCACCUCACCAUCAUCCUGCCACCUCACCAUCAUCCUGCCAUCUCACCAUCAUCCUGCCACCUCACCAUCAUCCUGCCACCUCACCAUCAUCCUGCCACCUCACCAUCAUCCUGCCACCUCACCAUCAUCCUGCCACCUCACCAUCAUCCUGCCACCUCACCAUCAUCCUGCCACCUCACCAUCAUCCUGCCAUCUCACCAUCAUCCUGCCACCUCACCAUCAUCCUGCCACCUCACCAUCAUCCUGCCAUCUCACCAUCAUCCUGCCACCUCACCAUCAUCCUGCCACCUCACCAUCAUCCUGCCACCUCACCAUCAUCCUGCCACCUCACCAUCAUCCUGCCACCUCAUUAUCAUCCUGCCACCUCACCAUCAUCCUGCCACCUCACCAUCAUCCUGCCACCUCACCAUCAUCCUGCCAUCUCACCAUCAUCCUGCCACCUCACCAUCAUCCUGCCACCUCACCAUCAUCCUGCCACCUCACCAUCAUCCUGCCAUCUCACCAUCAUCCUGCCACCUCACCAUCAUCCUGCCACCUCACCAUCAUCCUGCCAUCUCACCAUCAUCCUGCCACCUCACCAUCAUCCUGCCACCUCACCAUCAUCCUGCCAUCUCACCAUCAUCCUGCCAUCUCACCAUCAUCCUGCCAUCUCACCAUCAUCCUGCCAUCUCACCAUCAUCCUGCCAUCUCACCAUCAUCCUGCCAUCUCACCAUCAUCCUGCCAGCUCACCAUCAUCCUGCCAUCUCACCAUCAUCCUGCCACCUCACCAUCAUCCUGCCAGCUCACCAUCAUCCUGCCACCUCACCAUCAUCCUGCCACCUCACCAUCAUCCUGCCACCUCACCAUCAUCCUGCCAUCUCACCAUCAUCCUGCCAUCUCACCAUCAUCCUGCCAUCUCACCAUCAUCCUGCCAUCUCACCAUCAUCCUGCCAUCUCACCAUCAUCCUGCCACCUCACCAUCAUCCUGCCAUCUCACCAUCAUCCUGCCAUCUCACCAUCAUCCUGCCAUCUCACCAUCAUCCUGCCAGCUCACCAUCAUCCUGCCACCUCACCAUCAUCCUGCCACCUCACCAUCAUCCUGCCACCUCACCAUCAUCCUGCCAUCUCACCAUCAUCCUGCCAGCUCACCAUCAUCCUGCCACCUCACCAUCAUCCUGCCACCUCACCAUCAUCCUGCCAUCUCACCAUCAUCCUGCCAUCUCACCAUCAUCCUGCCACCUCACCAUCAUCUUGCCAUCUCAUCAUCAUCCUGCCAUCUCACCAUCAUCCUGCCACCUCACCAUCAUCCUGCCAUCUCACCAUCAUCCUGCCAUCUCACCAUCAUCCUGCCACCUCACCAUCAUCCUGCCACCUCACCAUCAUCCUGCCAGCUCACCAUCAUCCUGCCAUCUCACCAUCAUCCUGCCAGCUCACCAUCAUCCUGCCAUCUCACCAUCAUCCUGCCAGCUCACCAUCAUCCUGCCAGCUCACCAUCAUCCUGCCAUCUCACCAUCAUCCUGCCAGCUCACCAUCAUCCUGCCAUCUCACCAUCAUCCUGCCAUCUCACCAUCAUCCUGCCAUCUCACCAUCAUCCUGCCAUCUCACCAUCAUCCUGCCAUCUCACCAUCAUCCUGCCAUCUCACCAUCAUCCUGCCAUCUCACCAUCAUCCUGCUAUCUCACCAUCAUCCUGCCAGCUCACCAUCAUCCUGCCAUCUCACCAUCAUCCUGCCACCUCACCAUCAUCCUGCCACCUCACCAUCAUCCUGCCACCUCACCAUCAUCCUGCCAUCUCACCAUCAUCCUGCCAUCUCACCAUCAUCCUGCCAGCUCACCAUCAUCCUGCCAUCUCACCAUCAUCCUGCCAUCUCACCAUCAUCCUGCCAGCUCACCAUCAUCCUGCCAUCUCACCAUCAUCCUGCCACCUCACCAUCAUCCUGCCAGCUCACCAUCAUCCUGCCAGCUCACCAUCAUCCUGCCACCUCACCAUCAUCCUGCCACCUCACCAUCAUCCUGCCACCUCACAUCAUCCUGCCACCUCACCAUCAUCUUGCCACCUCACCAUCAUCCUGCCACCUCACCAUCAUCCUGCCACCUCACCAUCAUCCUGCCAUCUCACCAUCAUCCUGCCAUCUCACCAUCAUCCUGCCACCUCACCAUCAUCCUGCCAUCUCACCAUCAUCCUGCCACCUCACCAUCAUCCUGCCACCUCACCAUCAUCCUGCCACCUCACCAUCAUCCUGCCAUCUCACCAUCAUCCUGCCAUCUCACCAUCAUCCUGCCAUCUCACCAUCAUCCUGCCAUCUCACCAUCAUCCUGCCAUCUCACCAUCAUCCUGCCAUCUCACUAUCAUCCUGCCACCUCACCAUCAUCCUGCCAGCUCACCAUCAUCCUGCCAUCUCACCAUCAUCCUGCCAUCUCACCAUCAUCCUGCCAUCUCACCAUCAUCCUGCCAUCUCACCAUCAUCCUGCCAGCUCACCAUCAUCCUGCCACCUCACCAUCAUCCUGCCAUCUCACCAUCAUCCUGCCAUCUCACCAUCAUCCUGCCAUCUCACCAUCAUCCUGCCAGCUCACCAUCAUCCUGCCAUCUCACCAUCAUCCUGCCAUCUCACCAUCAUCCUGCCACCUCACCAUCAUCCUGUCAUCUCACCAUCAUCCUGCCAGCUCACCAUCAUCCUGCCAUUUCACCAUCAUCCUGCCAGCUCACCAUCAUCCUGCCAGCUCACCAUCAUCCUGCCACCUCACCAUCAUCCUGCCACCUCACCAUCAUCCUGCCACCCCACCAUCAUCCUGCCACCUCACCAUCAUCCUGCCACCUCACCAUCAUCCUGCCAUCUCACCAUCAUCCUGCCAUCUCACCAUCAUCCUGCCACCUCACCAUCAUCCUGCCAUCUCACCAUCAUCCUGCCACCUCACCAUCAUCCUGCCACCUCACCAUCAUCCUGCCACCUCACCAUCAUCCUGCCACCUCACCAUCAUCCUGCCACCUCACCAUCAUCCUGCCACCUCACCAUCAUCCUGCCAUCUCACCAUCAUCCUGCCACCUCACCAUCAUCCUGCCACCUCACCAUCAUCCUGCCACCUCACCAUCAUCCUGCCACCUCACCAUCAUCCUGCCACCUCACCAUCAUCCUGCCACCUCACCAUCAUCCUGCCAGCUCACCAUCAUCCUGCCACCUCACCAUCAUCCUGCCAGCUCACCAUCAUCCUGCCACCUCACCAUCAUCCUGCCAGCUCACCAUCCUGCCAGCUCACCAUCAUCCUGCCAGCUCACCAUCAUCCUGCCAUCUCACCAUCAUCCUGCCAGCUCACCAUCAUCAUGCCACCUCACCAUCAUCCUGCCACCUCACCAUCAUCCUGCCAUCUCACCAUCAUCCUGCCAUCUCACCAUCAUCCUGCCAUCUCACCAUCAUCCUGCCACCUCACCAUCAUCCUGCCACCUCACCAUCAUCCUGCCACCUCACCAUCAUCCUGCCACCUCACCAUCAUCCUGCCAUCUCACCAUCAUCCUGCCACCUCACCAUCAUCCUGCCACCUCACCAUCAUCCUGCCACCUCACCAUCAUCCUGCCACCUCACCAUCAUCCUGCCAUCUCACCAUCAUCCUGCCACCUCACCAUCAUCCUGCCACCUCACCAUCAUCCUGCCACCUCACCAUCAUCCUGCCACCUCACCAUCAUCCUGCCACCUCACCAUCAUCCUGCCACCUCACCAUCAUCCUGCCAUCUCACCAUCAUCCUGCCACCUCACCAUCAUCCUGCCAUCUCACCAUCAUCCUGCCACCUCACCAUCAUCCUGCCAUGUGACCAUCAUCCUGCCAUCUCACCAUCAUCCUGCCAUCUCACCAUCAUCCUGCCACCUCACCAUCAUCCUGCCACCUCACCAUCAUCCUGCCAUCUCACCAUCAUCCUGCCAUCUCACCAUCAUCCUGCCAGCUCACCAUCAUCCUGCCACCUCACCAUCAUCCUGCCACCUCACCAUCAUCCUGCCACCUCACCAUCAUCCUGCCACCUCACCAUCAUCCUGCCACCUCACCAUCAUCCUGCCAUCUCACCAUCAUCCUGCCAUCUCACCAUCAUCCUGCCAUCUCACCAUCAUCCUGCCAUCUCACCAUCAUCCUGCCAUCUCACCAUCAUCCUGCCAGCUCACCAUCAUCCUGCCAUCUCACCAUCAUCCUGCCAUCUCACCAUCAUCCUGCCAUCUCACCAUCAUCAUGCCACCUCACCAUCAUCAUGCCACCUCACCAUCAUCCUACCACCUCACCAUCAUCCUGCCACCUCACCAUCAUCCUGCCAUCUCACCAUCAUCCUGCCAUCUCACCAUCAUCCUGCCACCUCACCAUCAUCCUGCCACCUCACCAUCAUCCUGCCACCUCACCAUCAUCCUGCCACCUCACCAUCAUCCUGCCAUCUCACCAUCAUCCUGCCAUCUCACCAUCAUCCUGCCAUCUCACCAUCAUCCUGCCAUCUCACCAUCAUCCUGCCAUCUCACCAUCAUCCUGCCAUCUCACCAUCAUCCUGCCAUCUCACCAUCAUCCUGCCAGCUCACCAUCAUCCUGCCAGCUCACCAUCAUCCUGCCAUCUCACCAUCAUCCUGCCAUCUCACCAUCAUCCUGCCAUCUCACCAUCAUCCUGCCAUCUCACCAUCAUCCUGCCAGCUCACCAUCAUCCUGCCACCUCACCAUCAUCCUGCCAUCUCACCAUCAUCCUGCCAUCUCACCAUCAUCCUGCCAUCUCACCAUCAUCCUGCCAGCUCACCAUCAUCCUGCCAUCUCACCAUCAUCCUGCCAUCUCACCAUCAUCCUGCCACCUCACCAUCAUCCUGUCAUCUCACCAUCAUCCUGCCAGCUCACCAUCAUCCUGCCAUCUCACCAUCAUCCUGCCAUCUCACCAUCAUCCUGCCAGCUCACCAUCAUCCUGCCACCUCACCAUCAUCCUGCCACCUCACCAUCAUCCUGCCACCCCACCAUCAUCCUGCCACCUCACAUCAUCCUGCCACCUCACCAUCAUCCUGCCACCUCACCAUCAUCCUGCCAUCUCACCAUCAUCCUGCCAUCUCACCAUCAUCCUGCCAUCUCACCAUCAUCCUGCCACCUUACCAUCAUCCUGCCACCUCACCAUCAUCCUGCCAUCUCACCAUCAUCCUGCCACCUCACCAUCAUCCUGCCAGCUCACCAUCAUCCUGCCAGCUCACCAUCCUGCCAGCUCACCAUCAUCCUGCCAGCUCACCAUCAUCCUGCCAUCUCACCAUCAUCCUGCCAGCUCACCAUCAUCAUGCCACCUCACCAUCAUCCUGCCACCUCACCAUCAUCCUGCCAUCUCACCAUCAUCCUGCCAUCUCACCAUCAUCCUGCCAUCUCACCAUCAUCCUGCCACCUCACCAUCAUCCUGCCACCUCACCAUCAUCCUGCCACCUCACCAUCAUCCUGCCACCUCACCAUCAUCCUGCCACCUCACCAUCAUCCUGCCACCUCACCAUCAUCCUGCCACCUCACCAUCAUCCUGCCACCUCACCAUCAUCCUGCCACCUCACCAUCAUCCUGCCACCUCACCAUCAUCCUACCACCUCACCAUCAUCCUGCCACCUCACCAUCAUCCUGCCACCUCACCAUCAUCCUGCCACCUCACCAUCAUCCUGCCACCUCACCAUCAUCCUGCCACCUCACCAUCAUCCUGCCACCUCACCAUCAUCCUGCCAUCUCACCAUCAUCCUGCCACCUCACCAUCAUCCUGCCAUCUCACCAUCAUCCUGCCACCUCACCAUCAUCCUGCCAUGUGACCAUCAUCCUGCCAUCUCACCAUCAUCCUGCCAUCUCACCAUCAUCCUGCCAUCUCACCAUCAUCCUGCCAUCUCACCAUCAUCCUGCCACCUCACCAUCAUCCUGCCACCUCACCAUCAUCCUGCCAUCUCACCAUCAUCCUGCCAUCUCACCAUCAUCCUGCCAUCUCACCAUCAUCCUGCCAGCUCACCAUCAUCCUGCCACCUCACCAUCAUCCUGCCACCUCACCAUCAUCCUGCCAUCUCACCAUCAUCCUGCCAUCUCACCAUCAUCCUGCCAUCUCACCAUCAUCCUGCCAGCUCACCAUCAUCCUGCCAUCUCACCAUCAUCCUGCCAUCUCACCAUCAUCCUGCCACCUCACCAUCAUCCUGUCAUCUCACCAUCAUCCUGCCAGCUCACCAUCAUCCUGCCAUUUCACCAUCAUCCUGCCAUCUCACCAUCAUCCUGCCAGCUUACAUCAUCCUGCCACCUCACCAUCAUCCUGCCACCCCACCAUCAUCCUGCCACCUCACCAUCAUCCUGCCACCUCACCAUCAUCCUGCCAUCUCACCAUCAUCCUGCCAUCUCACCAUCAUCCUGCCACCUCACCAUCAUCCUGCCAUCUCACCAUCAUCCUGCCACCUCACCAUCAUCCUGCCACCUCACCAUCAUCCUGCCACCUCACCAUCAUCCUGCCACCUCACCAUCAUCCUGCCAUCUCACCAUCAUCCUGCCACCUCACAUCAUCCUGCCACCUCACCAUCAUCCUGCCACCUCACCAUCAUCCUGCCACCUCACCAUCAUCCUGCCAUCUCACCAUCAUCCUGCCAUCUCACCAUCAUCCUGCCACCUUACCAUCAUCCUGCCACCUUACCAUCAUCCUGCCACCUUACCAUCAUCCUGCCAUCUCACCAUCAUCCUGCCAGCUCACCAUCAUCCUGCCAGCUCACCAUCAUGCCACCUCACCAUCAUCCUGCCACCUCACCAUCAUCCUGCCAGCUCACCAUCAUCCUGCCAGCUCACCAUCAUCAUGCCACCUCACCAUCAUCCUGCCACCUCACCAUCAUCCUGCCACCUCACCAUCAUCCUGCCAUCUCACCAUCAUCCUGCCAUCUCACCAUCAUCCUCUCACCAUCAUCCUGCCAUCUCACCAUCAUCAUGCCAUCUCACCAUCAUCAUGCCACCUCACCAUCAUCCUGCCACCUCACCAUCAUCCUGCCACCUCACCAUCAUCCUGCCACCUCACCAUCAUCCUGCCACCUCACCAUCAUCCUGCCACCUCACCAUCAUCCUGCCACCUCACCAUCAUCCUGCCACCUCACCAUCAUCCUGCCACCUCACCAUCAUCCUGCCACCUCACCAUCAUCCUGCCACCUCACCAUCAUCCUGCCAUCUCACCAUCAUCCUGCCACCUCACCAUCAUCUUGCCACCUCACCAUCAUCCUGCCACCUCACCAUCAUCCUGCCACCUCACCAUCAUCCUGCCACCUCACCAUCAUCCUGCCACCUCACCAUCAUCCUGCCACCUCACCAUCAUCCUGCCACCUCACCAUCAUCCUGCCACCUCACCAUCAUCCUGCCACCUCACCAUCAUCCUGCCACCUCACCAUCAUCCUGCCAUGUCACCACCAUCCUGCCAUGUCACCACCAUCCUGCCAUCUCACCAUCAUCCUGCCACCUCAUCAUCAUCCUGCCAUCUCAUCAUCAUCCUGCCAUCUCACCAUCAUCCUGCCACCUCACCAUCAUCUUGCCAUCUCACCAUCAUCCUGCCACCUCACCAUCAUCCUGCCACCUCACCAUCAUCCUGCCAGCUCACCAUCAUCAUGCCACCUCACCAUCAUCAUGCCACCUCACCAUCAUCUUGCCACCUCACCAUCAUCCUGCCACCUCACCAUCAUCCUGCCACCUCACCAUCAUCCUGCCACCUCACCAUCAUCCUGCCAUCUCACCAUCAUCCUGCCACCUCACCAUCAUCCUGCCACCUCACCAUCAUCCUGCCACCUCACCAUCAUCCUGCCACCUCACCAUCAUCCUGCCACCUCACCAUCAUCCUGCCACCUCACCAUCAUCCUGCCACCUCACCAUCAUCUUGCCACCUCACCAUCAUCCUGCCACCUCACCAUCAUCCUGCCACCUCACCAUCAUCCUGCCACCUCACCAUCAUCCUGCCACCUCACCAUCAUCCUGCCAUCUCACCAUAAUCCUGCCACCUCACCAUCAUCCUGCCACCUCACCAUCAUCCUGCCAUCUCACCAUCAUCCUGCCACCUCACCAUCAUCCUGCCAUGUCACCAUCAUCCUGCCAUCUCACCAUCAUCCUGCCAUCUCACCAUCAUCCUGCCAUCUCACCAUCAUCCUGCCAUCUCACCAUCAUCCUGCCAUCUCACCAUCACCCUGCCAUCUCACCAUCAUCCUGCCACCUCACCAUCAUCCUGCCACCUCACCAUCAUCCUGCCAUCUCACCAUCAUCCUGCCAUCUCACCAUCAUCCUGCCACCUCACCAUCAUCCUGCCACCUCACCAUCAUCCUGCCACCUCACCAUCAUCCUGCCACCUCACCAUCAUCCUGCCACCUCACCAUCAUCCUGCCACCUCACCAUCAUCCUGCCACCUCACCAUCAUCCUGCCACCUCACCAUCAUCCUGCCACCUCACCAUCAUCCUGCCACCUCACCAUCAUCCUGCCACCUCACCAUCAUCCUGCCACCUCACCAUCAUCCUGCCACCUCACCAUCAUCCUGCCAUCUCACCAUCAUCCUGCCAUCUCACCAUCAUCCUGCCACCUCACCAUCAUCCUGCCAUCUCACCAUCAUCCUGCCAUCUCACCAUCAUCCUGCCAUCUCACCAUCAUCCUGCCAUCUCACCAUCAUCCUGCCAUCUCACCAUCAUCCUGCCACCUCACCAUCAUCCUGCCAUCUCACCAUCAUCCUGCCAUCUCACCAUCAUCCUGCCAUCUCACCAUCAUCCUGCCAUCUCACCAUCAUCCUGCCAGCUCACCAUCAUCCUGCCACCUCACCAUCAUCCUGCCACCUCACCAUCAUCCUGCCAUCUCACCAUCAUCCUGCCAUCUCACCAUCAUCCUGCCAUCUCACCAUCAUCCUGCCAUCUCACCAUCAUCCUGCCAUCUCACCAUCAUCCUGCCAUCUCACCAUCAUCCUGCCACCUCACCAUCAUCCUGUCAUCUCACCAUCAUCCUGCCAGCUCACCAUCAUCCUGCCAUUUCACCAUCAUCCUGCCAUCUCACCAUCAUCCUGCCAGCUCACCAUCAUCCUGCCACCUCACCAUCAUCCUGCCACCUCACCAUCAUCCUGCCACCCCACCAUCAUCCUGCCACCUCACCAUCAUCCUGCCACCUCACCAUCAUCCUGCCAUCUCACCAUCAUCCUGCCAUCUCACCAUCAUCCUGCCACCUCACCAUCAUCCUGCCACCUCACCAUCAUCCUGCCACCUCACCAUCAUCCUGCCACCUCACCAUCAUCCUGCCACCUCACCAUCAUCCUGCCACCUCACCAUCAUCCUGCCAUCUCACCAUCAUCCUGCCACCUCACAUCAUCCUGCCACCUCACCAUCAUCCUGCCACCUCACCAUCAUCCUGCCAUCUCACCAUCAUCCUGCCAUCUCACCAUCAUCCUGCCACCUUACCAUCAUCCUGCCACCUUACCAUCAUCCUGCCAGCUCACCAUCAUCCUGCCAGCUCACCAUCCUGCCAGCUCACCAUCAUCCUGCCAUCUCACCAUCAUCCUGCCAGCUCACCAUCAUCAUGCCACCUCACCAUCAUCCUGCCACCUCACCAUCAUCCUGCCACCUCACCAUCAUCCUGCCAUCUCACCAUUAUCCUGCCACCUCACCAUUAUCCUGCCACCUCACCAUCAUCCUGCCACCUCACCAUCAUCCUGCCACCUCACCAUCAUCCUGCCACCUCACCAUCAUCCUGCCACCUCACCAUCAUCCUGCCACCUCACCAUCAUCCUGCCACCUCACCAUCAUCCUGCCACCUCACCAUCAUCCUGCCACCUCACCAUCAUCCUGCCACCUCACCAUCAUCCUGCCACCUCACCAUCAUCCUGCCACCUCACCAUCAUCCUGCCACCUCACCAUCAUCCUGCCACCUCACCAUCAUCCUGCCACCUCACCAUCAUCCUGCCACCUCACCAUCAUCCUGCCACCUCACCAUCAUCCUGCCACCUCACCAUCAUCCUGCCAUCUCACCAUCAUCCUGCCACCUCACCAUCAUCCUGCCAUGUGACCAUCAUCCUGCCAUCUCACCAUCAUCCUGCCAUCUCACCAUCAUCCUGCCACCUCACCAUCAUCCUGCCAUCUCAUCAUCAUCUUGCCAUCUCACCAUCAUCCUGCCACCUCACCAUCAUCCUGCCAUCUCACCAUCAUCCUGCCACCUCACCAUCAUCCUGCCAUCUCACCAUCAUCCUGCCACCUCACCAUCAUCCUGCCAUCUCACCAUCAUCCUGCCAUCUCACCAUCAUCCUGCCAUCUCACCAUCAUCCUGCCACCUCACCAUCAUCCUGUCAUCUCACCAUCAUCCUGCCAGCUCACCAUCAUCCUGCCAUUUCACCAUCAUCCUGCCAUCUCACCAUCAUCCUGCCAGCUUACAUCAUCCUGCCACCUCACCAUCAUCCUGCCACCCCACCAUCAUCCUGCCACCUCACCAUCAUCCUGCCACCUCACCAUCAUCCUGCCAUCUCACCAUCAUCCUGCCAUCUCACCAUCAUCCUGCCACCUCACCAUCAUCCUGCCAUCUCACCAUCAUCCUGCCACCUCACCAUCAUCCUGCCACCUCACCAUCAUCCUGCCACCUCACCAUCAUCCUGCCACCUCACCAUCAUCCUGCCAUCUCACCAUCAUCCUGCCACCUCACAUCAUCCUGCCACCUCACCAUCAUCCUGCCACCUCACCAUCAUCCUGCCACCUCACCAUCAUCCUGCCAUCUCACCAUCAUCCUGCCAUCUCACCAUCAUCCUGCCACCUUACCAUCAUCCUGCCACCUUACCAUCAUCCUGCCACCUUACCAUCAUCCUGCCAUCUCACCAUCAUCCUGCCAGCUCACCAUCAUCCUGCCAGCUCACCAUCAUGCCACCUCACCAUCAUCCUGCCACCUCACCAUCAUCCUGCCAGCUCACCAUCAUCCUGCCAGCUCACCAUCAUCAUGCCACCUCACCAUCAUCCUGCCACCUCACCAUCAUCCUGCCACCUCACCAUCAUCCUGCCAUCUCACCAUCAUCCUGCCAUCUCACCAUCAUCCUGCCACGUCACCAUCAUCCUGCCACGUCACCAUCAUCCUGCCACCUCACCAUCAUCCUGCCACCUCACCAUCAUCCUGCCACCUCACGAUCAUCCUGCCACCUCACCAUCAUCCUGCCACCUCACCAUCAUCCUGCCACCUCACCAUCAUCCUGCCACCUCACCAUCAUCCUGCCACCUCACCAUCAUCCUGCCACCUCACCAUCAUCCUGCCACCUCACCAUCAUCCUGCCACCUCACCAUCAUCCUGCCACCUCACCAUCAUCCUGCCACCUCACCAUCAUCCUGCCACCUCACCAUCAUCCUGCCAUCUCACCAUCAUCCUGCCACCUCACCAUCAUCCUGCCAUGUCACCAUCAUCCUGCCAUCUCACCACCAUCCUGCCAUCUCACCAUCAUCCUGCCACCUCACCAUCAUCCUGCCAUCUCAUCAUCAUCCUGCCAUCUCACCAUCAUCCUGCCACCUCACCAUCAUCCUGCCAUCUCACCAUCAUCCUGCCACCUCACCAUCAUCCUGCCACCUCACCAUCAUCCUGCCACCUCACCAUCAUCCUGCCACCUCACCAUCAUCCUGCCACCUCACCAUCAUCCUGCCAUCUCACCAUCAUCCUGCCAUCUCACCAUCAUCCUGUCAGCUCACCAUCAUCCUGCCAUCUCACCAUCAUCCUGCCAUCUCACCAUCAUCCUGCCAGCUCACCAUCAUCCUGCCAUCUCACCAUCAUCAUGCCAUCUCACCAUCAUCAUGCCACCUCACCAUCAUCCUGCCAUCUCACCAUCAUCCUGCCACCUCACCAUCAUCCUGCCAUCUCACCAUCAUCCAGCCACCUCACCAUCAUCCUGCCACCUCACCAUCAUCCUGCCACCUCACCAUCAUCCUGCCACCUCACCAUCAUCCUGCCACCUCACCAUCAUCCUGCCACCUCACCAUCAUCCUGCCACCUCACCAUCAUCCUGCCACCUCACCAUCAUCCUGCCACCUCACCAUCAUCCUGCCACCUCACCAUCAUCCUGCCACCUCACCAUCAUCCUGCCAUCUCACCAUCAUCCUGCCACCUCACCAUCAUCUUGCCACCUCACCAUCAUCCUGCCACCUCACCAUCAUCCUGCCACCUCACCAUCAUCCUGCCACCUCACCAUCAUCCUGCCACCUCACCAUCAUCCUGCCACCUCACCAUCAUCCUGCCACCUCACCAUCAUCCUGCCACCUCACCAUCAUCCUGCCACCUCACCAUCAUCCUGCCACCUCACCAUCAUCCUGCCAUGUCACCACCAUCCUGCCAUGUCACCACCAUCCUGCCAUCUCACCAUCAUCCUGCCACCUCAUCAUCAUCCUGCCAUCUCAUCAUCAUCCUGCCAUCUCACCAUCAUCCUGCCACCUCACCAUCAUCUUGCCAUCUCACCAUCAUCCUGCCACCUCACCAUCAUCCUGCCACCUCACCAUCAUCCUGCCAGCUCACCAUCAUCAUGCCACCUCACCAUCAUCAUGCCACCUCACCAUCAUCUUGCCACCUCACCAUCAUCCUGCCACCUCACCAUCAUCCUGCCACCUCACCAUCAUCCUGCCACCUCACCAUCAUCCUGCCAUCUCACCAUCAUCCUGCCACCUCACCAUCAUCCUGCCACCUCACCAUCAUCCUGCCACCUCACCAUCAUCCUGCCACCUCACCAUCAUCCUGCCACCUCACCAUCAUCCUGCCACCUCACCAUCAUCCUGCCACCUCACCAUCAUCUUGCCACCUCACCAUCAUCCUGCCACCUCACCAUCAUCCUGCCACCUCACCAUCAUCCUGCCACCUCACCAUCAUCCUGCCAUCUCACCAUAAUCCUGCCACCUCACCAUCAUCCUGCCACCUCACCAUCAUCCUGCCAUCUCACCAUCAUCCUGCCACCUCACCAUCAUCCUGCCAUGUCACCAUCAUCCUGCCAUCUCACCAUCAUCCUGCCAUCUCACCAUCAUCCUGCCAUCUCACCAUCAUCCUGCCAUCUCACCAUCAUCCUGCCAUCUCACCAUCAUCCUGCCAUCUCACCAUCAUCCUGCCACCUCACCAUCAUCCUGCCACCUCACCAUCAUCCUGCCAUCUCACCAUCAUCCUGCCAUCUCACCAUCAUCCUGCCACCUCACCAUCAUCCUGCCACCUCACCAUCAUCCUGCCACCUCACCAUCAUCCUGCCACCUCACCAUCAUCCUGCCACCUCACCAUCAUCCUGCCACCUCACCAUCAUCCUGCCACCUCACCAUCAUCCUGCCACCUCACCAUCAUCCUGCCACCUCACCAUCAUCCUGCCACCUCACCAUCAUCCUGCCACCUCACCAUCAUCCUGCCACCUCACCAUCAUCCUGCCACCUCACCAUCAUCCUGCCAUCUCACCAUCAUCCUGCCAUCUCACCAUCAUCCUGCCACCUCACCAUCAUCCUGCCAUCUCACCAUCAUCCUGCCAUCUCACCAUCAUCCUGCCAUCUCACCAUCAUCCUGCCAUCUCACCAUCAUCCUGCCAUCUCACCAUCAUCCUGCCACCUCACCAUCAUCCUGCCAUCUCACCAUCAUCCUGCCAUCUCACCAUCAUCCUGCCAUCUCACCAUCAUCCUGCCAUCUCACCAUCAUCCUGCCAGCUCACCAUCAUCCUGCCACCUCACCAUCAUCCUGCCACCUCACCAUCAUCCUGCCAUCUCACCAUCAUCCUGCCAUCUCACCAUCAUCCUGCCAUCUCACCAUCAUCCUGCCAUCUCACCAUCAUCCUGCCAUCUCACCAUCAUCCUGCCAUCUCACCAUCAUCCUGCCACCUCACCAUCAUCCUGUCAUCUCACCAUCAUCCUGCCAGCUCACCAUCAUCCUGCCAUUUCACCAUCAUCCUGCCAUCUCACCAUCAUCCUGCCAGCUCACCAUCAUCCUGCCACCUCACCAUCAUCCUGCCACCUCACCAUCAUCCUGCCACCCCACCAUCAUCCUGCCACCUCACCAUCAUCCUGCCACCUCACCAUCAUCCUGCCAUCUCACCAUCAUCCUGCCAUCUCACCAUCAUCCUGCCACCUCACCAUCAUCCUGCCACCUCACCAUCAUCCUGCCACCUCACCAUCAUCCUGCCACCUCACCAUCAUCCUGCCACCUCACCAUCAUCCUGCCACCUCACCAUCAUCCUGCCACCUCACCAUCAUCCUGCCAUCUCACCAUCAUCCUGCCACCUCACAUCAUCCUGCCACCUCACCAUCAUCCUGCCACCUCACCAUCAUCCUGCCAUCUCACCAUCAUCCUGCCAUCUCACCAUCAUCCUGCCACAUUACCAUCAUCCUGCCACCUUACCAUCAUCCUGCCAGCUCACCAUCAUCCUGCCAGCUCACCAUCAUCCUGCCAGCUCACCAUCCUGCCAGCUCACCAUCAUCCUGCCAUCUCACCAUCAUCCUGCCAGCUCACCAUCAUCAUGCCACCUCACCAUCAUCCUGCCACCUCACCAUCAUCCUGCCACCUCACCAUCAUCCUGCCAUCUCACCAUUAUCCUGCCACCUCACCAUUAUCCUGCCACCUCACCAUCAUCCUGCCACCUCACCAUCAUCCUGCCACCUCACCAUCAUCCUGCCAUCUCACCAUCAUCCUGCCACCUCACCAUCAUCCUGCCACCUCACCAUCAUCCUGCCACCUCACCAUCAUCCUGCCACCUCACCAUCAUCCUGCCACCUCACCAUCAUCCUGCCACCUCACCAUCAUCCUGCCACCUCACCAUCAUCCUGCCACCUCACCAUCAUCCUGCCACCUCACCAUCAUCCUGCCACCUCACCAUCAUCCUGCCACCUCACCAUCAUCCUGCCACCUCACCAUCAUCCUGCCACCUCACCAUCAUCCUGCCACCUCACCAUCAUCCUGCCACCUCACCAUCAUCCUGCCACCUCACCAUCAUCCUGCCAUCUCACCAUCAUCCUGUCAGCUCACCAUCAUCCUGCCAUCUCACCAUCAUCCUGCCAUCUCACCAUCAUCCUGCCAGCUCACCAUCAUCCUGCCAUCUCACCAUCAUCCUGCCAUCUCACCAUCAUCAUGCCACCUCACCAUCAUCAUGCCACCUCACCAUCAUCCUGCCACCUCACCAUCAUCCUGCCACCUCACCAUCAUCCUGCCACCUCACCAUCAUCCUGCCACCUCACCAUCAUCCUGCCACCUCACCAUCAUCCUGCCAUCUCACCAUCAUCCUGCCACCUCACCAUCAUCCUGCCACCUCAUUAUCAUCCUGCCACCUCACCAUCAUCCUGCCACCUCACCAUCAUCCUGCCACCUCACCAUCAUCCUGCCACCUCACCAUCAUCCUGCCAUCUCACCAUCAUCCUGCCACCUCACCAUCAUCUUGCCACCUCACCAUCAUCCUGCCAUCUCACCAUCAUCCUGCCACCUCACCAUCAUCCUGCCACCUCACCAUCAUCCUGCCACCUCACCAUCAUCCUGCCAUCUCACCAUAA